AUGGCUGAUAAAGAAAAAGAAAACACACUCUAUUCUCAUGAAGUUGAAAAAAAGCAUAAAUUGGACAGAUUAAAAAAUUUUAUUUUGGAUGUCGAUAAAAAACUUCAAUGCCUAUGUAAAGAAUUAAAUUGGGACUACAGUCGUUUUAUCGAAAAGAAUGAAACAGUGAUGGUUUCAUGUUCAUUUAAUGCACAGCACAAAGUUCCAGUUCAAAAUAUAAAAAUUCACGAAGAAAAAUGCAAAUUAAAAAUGACUGAAAAUUAUGAUGAAUUAUGUAUUAAAAAUGAUUCCUCGAUUGAAGUAAAUUUAGAAUUAAUAAAUAAUAUAUCAAAAAAUAUUUCACAAUUUGAUCAGUCAUUAAACAGAGAACAGAAAUUAGCUUUGUACGAUUAUGUGAUAGCAAACUCUCCAAGACAAAAUUCAUACCGAGAAUUAUAUAAUGUGAAUUUCGAAAGAAAAGAAGAAAAGAAAAAAAUGACUCCAUUAGAAAUUGCUGCUGCUGAACGGGAUGCCAAAAGAAGGAGAGCUUCAUACAGGAAUAAAGUGCAUACACAUCGUAAAACUCAUACAGAGAUCAUGAAAGAAGUUAUAGAUGUACAAAUGCAAUUAUACGAAGAAGAAAUACUCGGUAAAAAUGGUGGUGAUUCCAAGAAGAAAAGCGAGGAAUCACAAAAACAUUAUAAUUCACACAAGGAUAAAUAUUCUGAUAAAAAACAUAAAAGAGAUAAAAAUAAACAGAGAAAUGAAUCCCGGACAAGUACAGACGUGAUUAUAAAGACGAUUCUCCCUCAAGGAGGGAAUCCCAUUUGA